CGGGGGACUUGUCCGCGGCUAACAGCUAACCGGUUGACAUCAUCGCGUUCUUUUUGAGGUCAAAAUAAAUAACAUCUUACAUCAUGCGACUCAGGAACACAGAAACACGAAUUCAUUUGUUGUUCAAGUUUAACAUCUGAGUGUGGUGAGACAACAAAAUGCCCUCCUGGAGAAGAUAAACACAAUUUCGACUAUUUUAAAUGACGCCGAACGAAGUAGUGAUGGAAUUAUCACUGAAUAUAUCAGAAGAUGAGAACUGCACCUUCAUCACCAGCAAUCUGCUGGAACAAAGCGAGAAUUUCGACGAAUGGCUCGACAAAAACGGCGUACACUUCAUCAUCAACAAUGAACGCCUCUCAGACAAUACCUCGCUUACAACCAACCCACUGGAUCCGCUCUUAAAUCAACUAAAUGUGUCUGAAAAUGAAGCUGAGGUUAUCCACUCAGACCUACUACAAUCAGAUGUAAAACCAUACAAAUUCACUGGUUUAACAUGCAAGAGUCAAUAUCUAGAACACCUAUUCCAAAAAGGCAUCAUCUACGUUGAGUUUCAACAAGUUACAGGCAAUCAAACCAAUGAAAAUCAAUUAAAACUGAGUUUUACCAACUCCACUUUAUCAAACGCCAUAAAUGUGUUUCCUACAUGCUAUAUCAAUCUAAAUGAAGUUGGAGGACAAUUAUCUAUACCAAAAGAACGUGUAUCAGUGAUAACAAUUGAAAAUCUAGCAUUAGCAGAUGAUUUAGAUGCUAUAAUGACAUGUUUAACACUCAGCACAGGUUUAAAACUAUUCAUAUGUCCACAAAUUGAGUGUCAAGCAGUCUACACUCGAAUAGCUGCUGGAAAACUACACUCCCUGAUGCAUUUAGGACAUAAACCAUUUAAAUGCAGCCAUAGUGACUGCACAUGGGCAUUCUACACUAGUUUUAAACUCCGUAGACAUCAAGAAUCACAUCUGAAUCAUAAAGAUUUCAUUUGCGAAGUGUUAAACUGUGGUAGAAGAUUCACAAACAUUUACAACUUGAAUAUUCACGUGAAGAAUCAUGCACGACCUGCGACUUUACCAUGUCCUGUGACUGGCUGUGGUCUAAAGUUUCAAACAUCAAGGAUGCGAGAGAAACAUUUCAAGACACAUGAUAUUUCAGAAGCGCCAUUUGUGUGUCCUGAAGAGACGUGUUCCAGGGCGUUCUUUUUGAUGACUGGAUUGCAAUCACAUGCGAGAAGUCACUCGCAUAAAGAUUCAGAGGUGCGGUGCGAUUAUCCAAAUUGUGGGAAGGUGUUUAAGCUGCCAUGCAGGUUGAGAGAGCAUGCGAGGGCGCAUACGGGUCAAAGGCCGUAUGUGUGCGAUUAUGAUCAAUGCACGUGGAGUUUUACGUCUUCUAGUAAGUUGAGGAGGCAUCAGAGUUCGCAUAAGAAUGAGAGGAAGUUUCAUUGCACGAUUGGGGAUUGUAGCAAGAGUUUUCUAAGGCCGGAGCAUUUAAAAGAGCAUACGCUGACGCAUAUUGGGCCUAGGACAUAUACUUGUGAAGUUUGCUCAGCAAGUUUCGUCGGCUUGCCCGGAAAAACCUCGCUCUACCUCCACAUAAAAAAAGCCCACCCUGAGAUACAACAGUGCGCCCGAGCCGUCCCCUUCGCCCAACAACAAGAACCCACUCAACCCCAACAGGACCACAAACCGACCCCCGACAUGCUGCUCGAGCAAGCAAUUCAAAGCCUUGGCGUGCCAUCCGACAUGAUACUCGGCACUGGACUUAUCCCUGAAGAAUCACUAGAACUCCUCGAAAACGGCAACUUUUCAACGGUCAACCUCCGCGAUUUAGAAUAAAAAAAAGCUUUAAAACCCACACAGAAGUAAACAAACGUAUCUUAACCCAAUAUACGUAAACAGAAUAUUUUUGUGAUGAUCAUUAAGUUUCGAACGCUCAUCAGCUUUCUAUAAAUAACUCAUAACUCUAUUUGCUUGUUGCUGCCACUGAAUUUACGCGCAGAAAGUGUGUGGGGCGUGGGAACAUUUACCUGGAUUCCAGUUUUAACGAUAGAACUAGACCCGGCUAGAACUAACGACUUUAUGCGCGCGACGUCGUCGUCUCCACUCAUUACGUCCAGCGUCUAAUGAAUAAAAUCAAAUCGAAGUGUGUGGUUGGCUCGUUACUACUCGCAGAACCAGAACUGCGCGAAUAGAUCAUGUACGACUACUACAAAUAGAAAUAGAUUCAACUUGGAUGAUUGCAUUCCGAGAGAGGAUUUUUGUUUCGAAAACGCUCGCCAAUCGCUUCAAACGCUUAUGAUCAGUGAAGUUUUUGUUUUGUUCUGCAGCGCGCCAUUGAUUUCUAUCAUUAUAUUAUAUUAUACAUUGUUGCAUUGUAAUCCGUCAUUUUGCCAUUUGAUUAAUCUUUGUAUUUUGUUGCUAGUGCUUUUUUGCUUUAAUAGAAGUUGUUUUUGCUUGCGAUUAACUGAGUUAUUGUAAUUCGAUAAACAUGUUGAAGUUUGAGGGUGUGGAUGUACAUAACUAUGUAAACCCUGUACAACUAUUAAUAUAUUAUGUAUUUAUGGAA